AUGGACGUCCAUAGAUGGUGGAUUAGACGAUUGAGAUUCCUCAUACACGUCCGUUCGUACGUCUCACAACGUUUGUUGACCGCCUCUCAAUGCGCUACCAGUGGGGUCAUGCCCCUUUUUGUCGCGUGCCCGACCGACAUUUCUCCUCUUGACAAUUUCCGACUCGAAGUCGGAGUCUCGACGGCGGAAAGAUUAAUGGUCAGGUUCACUGCGCUUGUGUUCCUCGUAAAUGGCAUGGUCGUGCGAAAAUCGGGGAUUUGCGGUUGCUGUGACACAGCAAAUGGAGAGCGUCUGGACACUUGCAACUUUUUGGGCGGACGGUUUCGAGAUCGGUCAUUGCAUUCUCGGAGGGUAGCUCCAAUUUUCCCUUUUGUUUCGAUUCCCUGGCUAUGA